AUGCUCGGAAGUUUGUGCUGCUGUUUUCCCAGCCAAAAACAGCUUCCAUCCGCAUCCAAUCUCCAUCAGCAGCCGCAUGAUCCUCAAGCAGGCUUGAGUCGAUGUGGUGGGGUUGGCAGAGAUACGGAUGCACCGGGUAUAGAUGAACCAUAUCUCUCCACGGCUCCUCUCCCAAGAUAUACCCCACGUCCAAUCAGUGCUCAUGAGAAGACUCUCGCCUUUGAGCGUUCCCAUUCGAAUUUAAACGCGCAACCUGAUUCCCUACGGGAUGAGAAGACUAGAUACGAGUUUGAGCGGGAAUUUGCUUCACCUCAACUAGAUGAUCGCUCCUCUGAUGCUUCAUCCGAAGUGUCUGUGCCUAGCAGCUUCGGCAACACCUCAACUGCAACGACUGAAACCCCUCCACCCCCAUAUUCAUCCAACUCAUCAAUCGCACCUUCACGUCGUUCGGUUUCGAUAUCUGUAUCAACCCAUGAGACUGGCUUAACCUACACCAGCCUCGAAAGCAUUGAGCUUGAAUCGCCCGCUCCCCAACUUCCUCUGGCACCCCCUACCGCAGUAUAUAGCACUCAUCCCGCGCAUGAAACACUAGAAAUAAAUGGCGGGCCACAUAGACGCUCCUUAGAAGGACCCCAGGAAAACAGCCCAUUACCUCCCCUGGCCCCUACUCACCCGAGACAGUAA